AUAUUAUUCCAUGUCCUGUGACUGCUGACAUUGCAUUCAUUGUGGAUUCAUCUGGCAGUAUUGGGGUACCCAACUAUGUGAAAACGAAGUACUUCGUGUAUUCCAUAGCGAAUGCCCUCAACAUUUCCUCAUCAGGAGCCCAUGCCGGCGUAGUAAUAUACAGCGAAAAGGCCAAACGACCUAUAAAGUUCACCGAUCAUACGAACAUUAAAAGUUUUAAGGAAGCUGUUUACGGUUUGGAAUAUAUGCAAAAGGUAAUGGAUAAUCCAACGGUUGCGAACUACACACGCCAAAAAAAUCUCACAUCCUCUGAACAAGAUGUGUUCGCAAUAAGCUUGUAGCAACCUUGCGAACAAGCUAUAACAAUGUUGGUAUUUUAUCGAGUUGUUACAAGGUUGUCACUCACAACUUGUUGACAAACUGUUGAAUUGCAGGACGAUAACAAGUUGUUGGAACAGCUUGUAACAAGCCUGUUGAGCUCAACAACCUUGUAGCAAGUUGUCAACGAGCCGUUGACGAUGGACGGUCGGUCGGUUGGACAGUCAGCUUGUCGGUUGGAUGGACGGUGGGUUGGUUGUUCGUUGGAUGGUCAGUCGGAUGGAUGGUCGGUCGGACCAUAGUGGUCGGACGGUCAGCCUGUCGGUUGGACGGACGGACGGUCGGUCGGUUGGUUGCUGGUCGGACGGUCAGUCGGAUGGACGGCGGUUGCAUGGUCAGUUGGUCAAACGGACGGUCGGUCGUCUGCCAGUCGGGCAGAUGGACAGCCAGACGAUCAGUUUAUUUUAACACAUGCUUAAAUUACUUUGCUAGAAAACAAGGAUAGAUCUUGGCCUUCAGAAAGCUCACACAGAUUUAUUUUCACCAUAUUACGGAGGAGCUAGACCCGACGUGAAGAAACUGGCAUUUAUAUUGACUGAUGGACAACAAAAUCCUAAAGGUGACAUACCUUUAAAAGAAGCAGCGGGCAAGUUGAUCAAUGAUGACAUUAAAACAAUCUCUAUUGGAAUCGGCCAAGAGGUAUGAAAUCUUUGCGUGUGCGUAUCAUUUUUAAUUAAGCGAUUUUGGUCGGCCGAUUCUAAUAGAACAAAAUCAAAUUUUUCACUGUUAUCACUGAUAAUUUUCGCCGAAUUUCACAUAAUUUUCGCUUUCAAAAUUAAGGGGCUCCCCAUUUCAAAAUUAAGGGGCUCCCCAUUUCAAAAUUAAGGUGCUUCCCAUUUCAAAAUUAAGGGGGCCCCAUUUCAAAAUCAAGGCUCCCUCCUUUUGAAUUAACUGAUUAAUAAGGCGGGCCUAUUCGAUCUUGAACUGUUCAUCAAGAUGUCCAGUAAGAUCCAUCACUAAUUGAUCCAGUGUUACUACGGGGAAGAAAACGAAAGCUCUCUUCUCAAAUGUGAUUGAUGCGUACACAGAGAGGUUCAAAUUUGACUUUCACUACUAUGAAGGGACUAUCAACCAAUUCAUACAACUGCGUGUAUAUCAAUUACAGGAAUCUCAGCUUACUUAAGAGGUACUAACCUAUGUUGCCACUAAUGAAACUCCUGGUACAUUUUCCAGCAAUUCAAUUUUAAUUUUCCAAAAACAAUUGCAGGUUGAUGAAGAUGAGCUCAGAGCUAUGGUGCAAUAUGAUGAAGAUGUUAUAACGGUAGCGAAUUUUGACGAGCUUGUUGACAAAAUCCAGAAUAUAACCCAAGUCGCAUGUGAAGAGACUAGUAAGUUAUAUAUACUUGUGCUCGGUUGACCAUGCGAAAGCUGGACAUAGCGCUAUCCACUGGGGAUUUCUCCACGUUUUCUAAAAUUAUCCGUUUAAUGGUAUAACUCAGAUUAGACCUCAGUGUUUGAAAGAAUACCUGCAGGUCUGAAAAUAGCAUGAGUCAUCUCACAGGUGCAAUGACAGUCAUGACUAUUAAGACUAUAGUCAUGACUAUUAAGACUAUAGUCAUGACUAUUAAGACUAUAGUCAUGACUAUUAAGACUAUAGUCAUGACUAUUAAGACUAUAGUCAUGACUAUUAAGACUAUAAUUACGGGAACCACUCAGUAUUUUAAGAAAAUACAAAAUAACAGUAACUCCGAAAAAAACAUUUUGAUUUUUAAUCGACGUUUCGACUAGUUUGUAGUCAUCCUCAGGAUUAAGAACUGAGGAUGACAACAGGUGGGCAAUUUGUCUGCGCAUGCGCGAAGAAAAUCAAUAUGGCGACAUAUAUUAGGAGUGUUUCGUGAAUUUAUCUGGUUUUAAGCUGAUAAAACAACAUUUUAAUGAACGCAAACUUUGUAAUAUUUAGUGGAAAACAUUAAGCUAUGCAUUCCAAAGGUUCUAAAUUGAAAAUAAGUACUUUUGCUUUAUUUUAUUGCUUUUUAUGCUUUGAAAACAGGCAAGCCCAUUUUUUUGCAAAAAUGUAAUCUAUUAUUUUACCCAUCAUUUGUUUAAUCUGAACAGAAAUGGAUAGAACACUUGGCUAUAUAAGUUACAAAGAUAUUGUUAGCUGAUCGGAAAAAUUUCAGUAUUCCUGGUACACAUUUUAACAAAGAAUAAAAUGUAAUUUCAUAUGCAUAACAAAAACAAUAGCUUUUAUUAGAACAACAUAUAAUAAGUUGUUAUUUUCUAUUUUUACAAAAACAAGUUUGGAAACAGGAUUUAGCCCUCCAGUUUGAUGUCAUAUUCCAUUUAUUUGGAUAUUUCAAUAAAGAAUGUGAAAUAAUAAUUUAAUCUUGUGCAAAAUUUGAUACCAACACACAUGUAAACAGAUAUUAUCACCUAAAAAUAAAAGAAAACAGAACAUAAAUUUAUCAUCUAAUGCUAUGAAAAAAAUCGUAGAUACUACAGGCAUAUAAUGAGCACAAUUCUUUAACAAACUCAUUAAAAUAAGUUCAGUUAUGCCAUGAUAAGAGGAUGGCAAUAUAUGACAACAUCAAAUGUCCCCAUAUUCAGUGUCCAAAAAAGUGCCGCGCGCAUUUUUCAUGGUCGCAUAACUGGUAUUGCCACAAACCCAGGUAAAAAAGCAAUUAGAAAAACCUGGUUUUGGAUGAUGAGCAUAGUCAAAUUCUUGACUUAUUCAACUUUCUAAGUUUUUCCAGGUAAACAGAUUCAACAUUGAAAUAAGCCCCAUAGAAACCAAAAUAUUGUGUAUGGACCAGAUUUUUUUCAAUUUUCUGUGAUUUACAUGACACUAGUUAUAAUUUAAGGGUCAACCAGUAUUGUUCAAGACAUAUUUUCCUUCCAGAACACCUUUUCAAAAUACUAACCCAAACAUGUCAAAAAUAGUGCACAUUUACAAGGGCAAUUUCAACCCUUUGGCAUAUUUUCCCCAUGAAUAAUUUUAAUUCUAAUAAAAAGACUAUAGAUAAAACUUUGAUUUAAAGCUAGUUUCAAGUGAUGAGCUUACCCUAAUUUUUAAGCUAUACCUCAAAGAAGAUAGGUCAUUUCAACAUAAACAUUGAAAUAUGGGUAUACUGACAGCUCUGUCACACUUGUAGUUUGGCAUUAACAGCCCUUCUGAAACAUUUUAAUGAAAAUAUAAUUCACAAAAUUCACAUUUCCACUUCUUAACAUCUGUUUUAAUCCAACUAGCACUGUAGGCACGAGCAAAAUCUAGUGUUGAUGUAAAUAUCCAUUUAGUUCAUGUUUCCCAGGUGAAAAUAUAGUCUAUUCCAAAGUUGGAUUUCGACUUACUUCAGCUUUUCAGAAACCGUUGGCCUUCCUCAGUAAGAUUUUCAACUGUUUCAUAAACAUAUUUGAUAGUAAACAGCUAAUAUAUUCACUGAAAGUCUAUAUUUUUCACUCUUCGACGCGAAAAUGGCAACUCGAGAAGAAAUGAGCCGCUAUUUUUGGUCAGCGUCGACAAAUUGCCCACCUGUUGAGGAUGACUACAAACUAGUCAAAACGUCGAUUAAAAAUUAAGACUAUAGUCAUGACUAUCAAGACUGUAGUCAUGACUAUUAAGACUAUAGUUAUGACUAUCAAGACUAUAGUCAUGACUAUUAAGACUAUAGUCAUGACUAUCAAGACUAUAGUCAUGACUAUUAAGACUAUAGUCAUGACUAUUAAGAUUAUAGUCAUGACUAUUAAGACUAUAGUCAUGACUAUUAAGACUAUAGUCAUGACUAUUAAGACUAUAGUCAUGACUAUUAAGACUGUAGCCAUGACUAUUAAGACUAUAGUCAUGACUAGUAAGAUUAUAGUCAUGAUUAUUAAGACUAUAGAUUAUGGACUGUAGACUAAGAUUAUAGUCAUGAUUAUAGUCUUAAGUAUUAAGACUAUAGUCAUGACUAUCAAGACUAUAGUCAUGACUAUCAAGACUAUAGUCAUGACUAUUAAGACUAUAGUCAUGACUAUUAAGACUAUAGUCACGACUAUUAAGACUAUAGCCAUGACUAUUAAGACUAUAGUCAUGACUAUUAAGACUAUAGCCAUGACUAUUAAGACUAUAGUCAUGACUAGUAAGAUUAUAGUCAUGAUUAUUAAAACUAUAGAUUAUGGACUGUAGACUAAGAUUAUAGUCUUAAGUAUUAAGACUAUAGUCAUGACUAUCAAGACUAUAGUCAUGACUAUCAAGACUAUAGUCAUGACUAUUAAGACUAUAGUCAUGACUAUUAAGACUAUAGUCACGACUAUUAAGACUAUAGCCAUGACUAUUAAGACUAUAGUCAUGACUAUUAAGACUAUAGCCAUGACUAUUAAGACUAUAGUCAUGACUAGUAAGAUUAUAGUCAUGAUUAUUAAAACUAUAGAUUAUGGACUGUAGACUAAGAUUAUAGUCUUAAGUAUUAAGACUAUAGUCGUGACUAUUAAGACUAUAGCCAUGACUAUAAGACUAUUAUAGUCAUGACUAGUAAGAUUAUAGUCAUGAUUAUUAAGACUAUAAUAGUCUUAACUAUUAAAACUAUAGCCAUGACUAUUAAGACUAUAAUCAUGACUAUUAAGACUAUAAUCAUAAAAGUGAAUACCUUAAAAAAAAUUAUUUUGCCCCAGAAAGAGUUGGGAAACUUUUGCCAUUAUUUAAAAAAUAAUUUAAAAUUUUAUUCUCUAAUUUUCAUCUAUAUAGCCAAAAUCAGAGUUGCCAACAUAUGUAGUCUUGUUGUGAGUUGGCAGCUUGCAACAGAAAAUGCCAUCAAAUUUUGUUGCACAUUUUCAGGUUUUAGCCGGCCAUCUAUAUAAAGUUUGUUUAUUCAUAACUAAUCCACUCGUUCACAGAUGUCAGAAGACGAAAAUCAGAAUAGAAAUGGGCCUUAAUAUUACUUUCUAAAGACUCUCUAAUUUUACUAUUUCGUUGUUAAUAGAAUUCACCAAGUGCCGAUACCCAGCGGACAUCGCAUUUGUCCUGGAUUCCUCGACAUCCGUAGCUUACGAAGAUUUUGAGAAAAUGAAAGGCUUCGUCAAAACCAUGGCAAAGUUGUUCAGGAUUUUCCAACAUGGAAGCCACGGCGCUGUUAUUGUUUAUGGUGAUAGCGCAAGGGUUGCGAUAAGAAUGGACGAACACUUCAACUACCGUGGUUUUAUAGAUGCUGUCGAUGGCUUGGGGCGAGUUGGAGGUAAGAAAAUUUCAGAAGUUUGGAAUGCCUUGGAAUCAUGUUUUGUCCCUUGCCACCAAGAGUUCGCUCUAUGUUCAGAGUAACGGCCGGCUGCCGGCCAACAUCGGAUUUUUCGAAAGAUUUUUAUUCGGAUUUUUGGGAAGUUUAUCAGGAUUUUUAGAGCAAUACACCCAGGCCUAGAAAAUAUACUUCUCUUCCUGGGAGCAAAAUCCCCAAAUAAAAAUUUCCUGUGUAAGUCGAAUAUAAAACUUCCGAUCCUGCACAUGUAGAUUUCAGAGAACAGGCAAAAACAAGCAUACUUUAUAGCAACGGUAAUAAAGUAACCCAAUGACACGGUAAUAUAAUACCUCCAGAUACACCUGAGAUACGACAGCACCCGUACGGAUCUCAAAACAAAUGCAAUAUACUUUGUAGCCACACUCAUAAAGUGAGCAAACACAGCAUGGUAUACUGCAUUUUUAUGUACCUGCUAUUACAUAAGCUGCUGUUGUUCAUAACUCUGGAUACAGCUGAGGUACCGCCCAUAAAACUAUAGCAUACCGCAGUUUUAUGUAGCCAAAUGCAGCAAAACAGUGUGGCUACAAGGUAUGCCGAAAUCCGGCGGCAUACUUUAUAGCCACAGACCAUGGCUAAAAUUCAAUGUCGGCGCAGGACAAUCUCGACUUGCAAAACGCUUUUGUAAACAAUAAGUAAAUUAUAUGGCAUUCCAGUAUACGAGAUGACAGUACACGAAAUGACACCCCUCGUCUGCCGGUUCUUUUCUACCACAGACAUGUAUAUGAACCGUAGCAAAAUUUUAUCACCCUAAAUAUUCCUUUAGGUCGUAGACGUAGUUUCCAAGCCAUGGCGCUAGCAGAGAACGUGUUAUCAAACUACGAACAAGGAGCACGACGAAAAGUUCCGAAGGUUCUCCUAAUGCUUACGGGCGGUCCCGAGAGUAGCAGCAACGACUAUAAUACAUUACAAGACGUGACUAAGCGACUUCACGAUCGUCACACGCUCGUGUUGGCCGUCGGAAUUUUGCCCGAUGCUGAUAUAAAUAAACUUCAGAAUUUGGUCCAGUCUUCUGUGAAUGUGUUUGUGGCGCAGUCUUUUCAAGAGCUCAGUGACCAGCUGGUCCCGUUGACAAACGAGACCUGUAAAAAUGUUGGUAGGUUUGAUCUGGUUAACUUUGUUACAUAGCAUAGCAUAGCAUAGCAUAGCAUAGCAUGGCAUAGCACGGCACGGCACGGCCAUAUAGCAUACUAUUUUACAGCACAGUACAUUUUACAAUGCAUUUUACAGUACAUUUUACAAUGCAGUACAGUACAGUAUCAUACCAUACCAUACCAUACCAUACUAUACCAUUCCUUUAUUUCAUCUGUUAUCUUACGAAAUACAAACUCCUCUUUUUGACUAUCAAACCAGCUUAGCUUUGUCAAAUGUCAAUAAGCUAAUAAUUAACGUAGCUAUCUAUAAUCUUAGGGCCAGGGAACUGCGAAGCAAAAGUCGACAUCGCAUUUAUCCUUGAUUCUUCUGGCAGUAUUACUGAACAUGAAUUUAUUGAGGCGAAAAACUUUGUAAAACGAGUCGCGAAAACAUUCGAAAUUUCGCCCGAAAAGUCCCAUACCGCGUUAAUGAUAUACAGCGACGAAGCAAGAAUUAUGAGCAAAUUUGGUGAAAUAGGCUCAGCUGAAGAUUUCAAUAGUAAAGUUGACGAUUUACCGCAUAUGAGAGGCAAAACCCGUAUCGAUCUAGCUUUACUCAAAGCUGGCAAAGAGCUUUUCACUUGGGCUGGUGGAAUGAGAACCCGUUCUGACGUCAUCAAGGCUGCCAUAGUGAUAACCGACGGUCGUCAGUCGCCGGCGCCCGACGGAAUCCGAUUAGACGAAGCCGCAGCCGGUUUGAUAGUCCAAGGGGUGAAGGUUUUGUCCAUUGGUAUUGGAGAUAAAAUUGACCAGGAGGAAUUGAGAAUGAUGGUGCAAGAUCCUGGUAGGCAUACAUUUUGGUCCGAAUCUUAUACAGCGUUGCGUGUACAGCUCGCGACAAUCGCGCGCGAGAGUUGCUCACUCCCCAUAUAUACAGAGUAAAGGCAUUGGUUUAGUACAUGGGAGCUUUCUGUUUGGUUUUAAAUAUCGUGGUCAAUCUCAAAUCGGAUCAAGCAAAUGAUGCUAAAUGUUUCUAAAAUACAUGCCAACAUGGGCAGAUAUAAAUAAAUAAACAAUUCCUACAAUAUAUUCAAUUUGUUUUUUCAGAAAUAUAA